CUUCAAGAUUUUAUUGUGGAUCAUUUGAAAUUUGAAAUUAUUAUCAUUUAUAGAAAGUAGUAUACUGUUGAAGGGAAGCUUCAUCUUUUCACAAUUAUAUUAGAUAAGAAAAUUUGAUUGAGGGGUGGUCAAUGUAAUUAUUUGUGUAUGGGCUCUUGUGCAUCAACUGGUAUUUCACAAGCUGGAAGUCCGGCAAAAAAUCAAUUAACCAAUGAUAUCCAACAAAAUUCUUUCGAUAUACAAACAAUGAAUCAAACUGGUAUAAGAAAUCUUAAUGAAGAAGUUGAUAAAAUGAUUAAUCAAGAGAAAUUGGAUAAUUCUAGAAAUAAUUAUGUAUUAUCUGGUAUAGAUCUGUUAGAUUAUGGAGUGGGAUUAAAAGAUGUAUCACUUAGAACAUUGGAUACAAAUAUGACAACAGAUGAAGAACUUGACAUAGAAUGUGCAUUAUCAGGUGUAUCACAAUUUUUCUAUAGAAAUUUAACUACAUGUACAUUGGGUCAAUAUGCACAAAUACCAAAUGAUACAGAUAUGUUAAGAACAGUGAAUACACCUGAGUCAUUAAGAGCAUGUUAUGUAAGAAUGCGUCAUAUUUAUCGAAUGAUUGAAACCGAUCGUAUGGGUAAAGCAACAUUAUUGAAAAAUAUACAAUAUGCAAUAAACGUUAUGGAAAAUGCUUAUAUAGCAGAGAAACGACGUAUUCGUGAAGAAGAAGAAGAUCUAUCUGAGGCUGCUACAGAAUAUGUACCAGAUGAAGUACGCAACUGGCUUGCAUCAACAUUUACACGUACUGUACAAAAUGUUGGUAUUGGUGAACAAAAACCAAGAUUUCGUAGUGUUGCUAAUGCAAUUAGAGCUGGAAUAUUUGUUGAAAGAAUUUAUCGUCGUAUGUCAAGUUGUUCCAGUCUUAUUGUUCCACCAAAUGUACUCCUAUUUCUUAAAACUGGUUUAGAUACAUGGAAUUUCGAUGUGUUUGGAUUGAAUGAUGCAAGUGAAAAUCAUGCAUUGAAAUUUGUUGCUUUUGAAUUAUUACAUAAAUAUAAUUUCAUUAAUAAAUUCCAAAUAAAUACUACUGCUUUGGAAAGUUUAUUAAUUCAACUUGAAACAGGUUAUAGUAAAUACAGUAAUCCUUAUCAUAAUUUGGUUCAUGCCGCUGAUGUCAUGCAAACAUGUCACAUGAUCAUCUAUAUGAAUGAUCUUAGGCAGAAUUGGUUAAAUGAUUUGGAUAUAUUUGCUGUAUUAUUUGCUGCUGUUAUACAUGAUUAUGAACAUACUGGUACAACUAAUAAUUUCCAUAUAGCUACACGUUCUGAAUUAGCUUUAAUCUAUAAUGAUCGUGGUGUUUUAGAGAAUCAUCAUGUAAGUGCAGUUUUUCGUUUAAUGCAAGAAGAAGAAUUUUCCAUACUAACUGGACUGGAAGCUGAUCAAUACAAAGAAUUCCGCCAACUUGUAAUUGAUAUGGUAUUAUGUACGGAUAUGUCACUGCAUUUCCAACAAAUCAAAAAUAUGAAAACUAUGAUUUCAAUGCCAGAAAGCAUUGACAAGACGAAAGCACUAUCUCUAAUUGUUCAUUGUGCAGAUAUAUCACAUCCAGCAAAAGAAUGGUCUUUACAUGAACAAUGGUCUGAUAUAUUAUGUGAAGAAUUCUUUAGACAAGGUGAUCGAGAACGUGAAUUAAAUCUUCCAAUAUCACCACUAUGUGAUCGAAAUACAGUGGUUGUACCACAAUCACAAAUUGGUUUUAUUGAUUUCAUUGUUGAACCAAGUUUCCAAGUUCUUGGUGAUAUGAUUGAACGUAUAAUUAAUCCACCACAAACUGAAAGUGUCCUACCAACUGAUCCAACAAGUCCCAAGCCGAAAACACCUGAUCAAGAAACUGUCGUUGAACAAGUGGUUCCACGUCCAUGGGUUGAUCAUUUCAAAGAGAAUAAAGAAUCCUGGUCAAAGAAACUUCCACCGAAAACUUGAACACAUGAACAACAACCAAGAAAUCAAUAUCAGAUGUAUAAGAAAGAUUCAACCAUAGAAUUUAAUAUAUUGCCACUACUACAACAACUAUUAUCACUACUAUUCCUACAGACUUUAACAUUAUUCUCACUAUCAUUUUAAAAGACUUAGAUAAACUACUAACAAGUAGUAUAUAUAUAAACAUAUAAAUAUAUGUACUUACAUUUUGCACCAUACACCAUACACUUCUGUGUGGGUGUAUCAAACUGUAUGUGAUGAAAUGAUCUUGUCUUUUGUUUGUUUGUUGUUGAUCCUAUUUAAAACAAGCGAAUCAAUUUUUCAAUAGAUUUCAGAAUAUAUUUAGACAGAUCUAAACCUGCGUUUUCUUGUUAUCG